AAACGCGUCAAAUUGCUACUAAUGCUCCUCUUAAUCUGCCAACAUUCUAACUGAGAUCGUACUGUACGCCGUACGUAACGUACAUUUUAUUUUUUUUCGUUAUACUAUCAUUAUUAUAAAUUUGGUACUUGUGGUACUUCUAUAUAACUCAUUCUUGGAGACUAUGGCGAGAACGAAGUCAGAUGCCUUAUCAUGUCGCCGGGAGGGUCACGGCGGCGAUGUGGAUGAAGGAAAAGUGACCAGUCGCGGCGGCGGCGGCGGGUUGUGCGUACCCCAAGAUAGCUUGGAUGAUUUGGACUUCUUCCCUAACUUUUUCGACGAUGCUAUCCCCAUAACCGACCUUCUACUUUCUUCUCCUUAUCCUCCGGAACAUGGUGAAAGUACUAUCGAGGACGUCGAAGAUGAUGAGUCUAUGGCACAGGCGUUGAUUAAAGCCCACCCUCCGCCAUCGGAAGAUGAAUACGAGAGCGGUAAGCCGAUAAAGACGACUUGCAUGGAUGAUGGAUUGAGUAUCUCCAAACGGAGACGAAAAAACAAUCCUACGACAAAGAAAAAGAAGGCAAAGAAGAUGAGGAAAACAGGGAUGAAGUGCACUCAUUGCGAGGCGGUGGAGACGCCUCAAUGGCGGAGAGGUCCGAUGGGACCGAACACUCUCUGUAAUGCUUGUGGCGUCAGAUACAAGUCCGGCAGGUUAUUGCCCGAGUAUAGGCCUUUCGCCAGUCCAAGUUUUGAUAGUUCUAAGCAUUCUAACUUUCACAGGAAAAUUUUGAAGAGCAGCAGAAAAAUUUAUACUUAGUACAUACAAGUAUUUCUUAUAGCUCUUAGAUCAAGGGUAUAUAUUAUUAUACAUUCAUUGUAAUUAAUAUAUACUCUUAAUAAGUUAUUUUGUUUUCAUUCUCUUAGUAACUUAACCAUUAAGGUUUUGAUUAGUUUAGAAGUUUUUUUACCAGAUUAGUUUAGAUGUUUAGAUUGCUGUCGUUUUGAUUUUUGAUAUUCU